UUUACCUUCGUUUCUAUUUCUCCCAAGAAAACCAGGGAAAAUCUAAGAAAAAGAAAAGGGGGGAGGAAAUGUUAGGGUUGGUCUCUUGUAUACAUCCCCAAAUCCCGUCAACUUCUCCAAAUCUAUAUUUUAAUUUCAAAUAUGCUCCUGUAUUUCUGAAACCCCAAAUCCAUAUCCCAAAACGUCCUCCACGCUCAUUUCUCUUUGCUCAAAACGGGAACAAGGAUGACUUAACCAAACAACCCAACAAGAAACCACAAGGAGAAGAAAAACAAUCAAAGGUUCCACCGGAGGGGUCCUUUAACGGGAAUGACGGAGGGGAAUCGAGGAAUGAAGGACGGUCGAUGUUUAAUUUCAGGUUGGGUGACUUGUUGGACCCAGAUCCUGAUAACAUCGUAGCCCUUGGAUUGACGGGUCUGCUAACGUGGGCCAGUGUUCAGGUUUUGUGGCAGUUGUUUUUGAUCUCAGGGGCUAUUCUUUUAGCUGCUCUUAAGUACUCUUUCAUUGCUGCUCUUCUUCUUUUCAUUCUAAUUACUCUGCUUUGAUGAACUUUGUAUUUGGUUUGUAUAUUAAUUCUGAAUUCUUCCUAGUUCUUUUUAAUUAAAAAAAUUUCACUUGAGUUUAUCAAAA